UGAAAAAAGUGACAAUAUAUUACUAUUGAAUUUUAAUUAUUAUACGUAAUAGAUGUUUAUAUAUUUAAUGAUUAAAGCAUACAAAGCUCGGAAAAAAUAUUAUAAUAUUAAAAGCUUGAAUUUCAUAAAGAUUUUUUCUGUGCUAGAAAAAAAAAUACCGUUGCCUCAACUAAUUCUUGAAAUAAUGCAUCCUUUCUAUCGGCUAUGGCCGGAUUUUGAAAUCGAUAAAAUCGAUUGUGUAUCUAUGAAACGAAGUGAAAAGUACAAAAGUGAACAGAUUUACUAGAUUUUAACAAAUAAAAUCGCAGAUAUUCUAGUGAAUUUCCUCACUUCUGUAAUUUUCAUAUCGUUGAUACACAAUCAACCCCCCCCUGGCCUGCAACUAAUGCAACUGCAAACUGCAAGACCAAGUUUGGUAUGUGAAGGCGGUAAAAUAGGCGAUCUGACUGCACCGGACGAAAAACCGUUUGGAGAAUCUUCUGACUUCAAGAACAUCUGCACAACAAAACUCAGUGGCUAGAAUUGGAUUCAACAAUCGCCGAUUAUAAUCAAUUUAUCUUUCAACUACCACCUAUUUCUUCAGAUCAAGAAAUGCUUCGUGCAUUUCAAAAAUAUGCAUAACAGCAUUCACUACGCCAUUUUUGUGUAAUAGAAAACUAUUGUUCACCGCAUAGAAACGUUGGCGUGAGUGAAACGCAACGAUAUCCUUUUCCUUGGUUUUCUUUCGCCCUUUGAAUUGUGCAAUGAGAAACUAGGGAGCAAUGGUGAACAAAUUUAAACCAUAGACAUAUACGGAUAUAGAUGUAGGACGCGUUCCGUUUCAUGUGGAAAUAGUUCACGUGACAUAUAUUAUAGAUCCAGGCGAUCUACGCGCUCAAUGCAUGAAACGGAACGCAGCCAUAAAUAUAAAUAUAGAUUUAUAUGUCUAUAGUUUAAACUUUAUUAUUGAAUAGUUUGCAGGAUAACAACAUUAAAAUUAAAAAAUUUCUAUUAGAUUAUAUACAAUGAUUAUGUUAUUAAAAAUUUGGUGUCAUCCUGCAAAUUAAUCAACGAUUAAGUUUAAAUCAUGUUGAUAGAAAUGGGCAUUAGUUAGAUUAAUAAUAUGUAAAACAAAUCUGCUUGUAAUGAGAGUUAAAAUUAUGAACGCCGAUUCCGCUUACAUUGAGCCUUUUCUCUAUGACUGGGUGAACCAUCUUCAGGAAAUUAUGGAAGAGCGUAAGCAAGAGAUAAUUAAUAGAGAACAAUUCAUGCCAUGUGAAGCAAUUACAGAAAUCGUUGUCAAAGCUGCUACUCACAUAGCGGAAUGUCUAGAAGUGGAUCAUCACGUAAAAUAUAUGGCCCUUGAGUUGUUUGACAAAUUUAUAAACGAACUUUAUUGCGAUUGUUAUAAUAGGAGAAAGAAUGAUUCUGACGAAUGGUUCCAAGAUUAUAGAAAGAGAAGUUCUACUCAUUCACCGUUCUAUCUUCUGUCGUGUUUUCAAGUGGCAAGUAAAGUAAACUCUCAUCCCAACAUUUUAAAAAUAUCACAGGUUCUUGAGCUUGUACAAGUAUUUGUCAAAAAUUAUGAAUACACACGAGAUAUGGUAACCUCUAUGGAAAUUGAAGUCCUCAAGAAAGCAGGAUUUAGAAUGCCCCUCUAUACACCAGUAUAUUGCAUUGAAAUUCUUCUCGCUGCAUUAAAAAUUCAUUUUGAAAGCGAAAAAACGACAGAAAAUAGAGAAAAAUUAUAUGAUACUUCGAUGCUGUUAUUAGAUUUAGCUUAUAUGCAGCACGAAAAAUUGUAUCAGCUUUUUCAAUCAUAUUUCGUAUGCAGAAGUACUCAAAUGAGUAUAGAAAAAAAGGACCAGGAACUAAGAAUAUUGAAAUCAAAUGCAUUUUUACUAAGCGCAGCAAUAGUGUUGUGCACAGGUUACAUUUUAUAUCCACAUUCAACGUUGAACAAUACUAGAUUGAGAAUUGUAUCAAACUUAGCAAAAUUAGUAAAUGCAACGGAAACUGAAAUUAUAAUUAUGGCAAAUGCAUUGUAUCAAUUGGUGCAAUAUCAUAUAAGUAAUUCAAAUACAGAUAUAUAAAAAUAUGUAUGUGUACAUAAUACAUAUGUAAAUACAAGUGUAUUAUAUCAAUAUUUUGUAAGUAUAUAAGUUAAUAAUACAUAUAUGAAAUUGAGCAAUUUAGAAAAUA